AUGCAGCCCUGGCGAUUCAGGAGCCAUGCAUGGGUCCAAGACUAUGGAUCCAUAGCCAACACGACACACUACCCUACAGAGAUCAGGGACCAUUUCGACCUCUUCUGGCCAUCGAUCACACGCCCCGAUAUCCCCCGAGUGUGCACCUUCGUCCGCAGAAGUCUCUUGAAACAACUGGUGCACUACACCCAGCAUGCCCUAUCAAUAGAUAUCUCCGAAGGCGAACAUAACUUCUUCAUCCACAACAUCUACAAACCACCAGGGAUCAUCGAAAACUACGGCAUCAGGGAUCUCCGAGAAGCCAUCCAGAAGGCAGACAGCGUACCCGGACAGAACCACCACAUCGUCGUCGGGGACUUCAACAUACACGAUAACCUUUGGAGUGCAGCAGGAUUCCCCCACCCCGCCAACAACUCAGAACGAGCACAGGAUUUCAAAGAACUGAUUGAAAAUAUGCCUCUUACAGUCCUCACGCCGCGAGGUGUCAUAACCAGGCCCUCUAGGGCCGGUAUAGGAGGGAACUCUGGAACAACCCUCGACCUCACUCUCUCAUCAUGGGAACUCCAGGAGCAACUACAACUUGUGCAAGUAGCGGGGAUAUCAGGCCUCUCGGACCACCUACCAAUCCAAAGCGAGUUCAAUACCCUCCUUACUACUAAAGGGGCAAUACCGAGGCGGAACUGGAAGGAACUCGAUAUCGACAAACUCUGCAGCACGCUCUCCCCACUGUUGGCUAACCUGCCCCCUGCCCAGCAAAACGCAGAAGGUAUCGACGCCGUAGUUGGGCAAUUUGUCAAAGCAAUACAAACGGCAGUCGACGCCUCGACACCGUGGUCGAAGCCAACUGCCCUCUCCCGCCCAGGGUUUACCCAGGAGUGCCGCCAACUGCAGAAAGAAGCCCACCGGGCUCAGAGGCAGAUCCUACGGUUACAGGAAGCGCACAACCGGCUUGCACCUGAACCAAUGCUACCGGCGUUCCGCCACAAGAAGGCGGUGGCCCGCAAGCGCAUAAAGCGCUACAGGAACCAAGCCCACCAAAGCAAAGUCACGGAAGCUGCGGAGUCAGGCUCCACACGACAGAUCUGGAACCUCUCGAGGUGGGCAAGGGACCGAUCCCCCUACCAAGCCUUCACCCCGCCCCUCUACGAAACGGACGGGACACUUCGCUUUCUUCCAGGGCAGAAAGCCGCCCUACUUACCGAGGCCUUCUUUCCACCGCCCCCAACAGCAUCACUAGCCGAUAUCGAAGGCUAUAGCUACCCGGAACCGGUGCCAGUCCCGUUAGUCACAGCAACUGAGGUCCAGCGAGCAAUCCACCGCCCGGGGGCAUUCAAAGCGGCUGGGCCUGAUGACAUCCCGAACCGAAUUCUGCAAGCAGCGGCACCAACGGACCAACACACGAUAGACCCGCUAUCCCCUGUACUCGCAAACCUCUUCAACAGCUGGCUAAGCAUUGGCUACUGCCCGCAGCACUUCCGUGAGGCGAAGACCGUUGCCCUCCGAAAUCCCGGAAAAGACGUCUACAGCAAGCCAAAGUCAUACCGACCAAUCGCCCUACUGAACACAGUCGGUAGGGUCCUUGAAGGGGUGCUCGCGCUACGACUCAGCUACCUCGCUGAGGAACACAUCCUGUUACCCCGAAACCACUUUGGCGGACGAAAAGGUCAGGAAACGGACACAGCACUCCAUGCCGUGGUGGAAACCAUUCAGGAUGCAUGGAAGCGACGUAAGGUGGCCACCGCGCUCCUACUCGAUAUAUCAGGCGCAUUUGACAGCGGCUCGCAUCAGCGGCUACUACACAACCUCCGCAAAUGCCACAUCCCCGCUAUAAUCGUCGACUGGAUAGCCUCCUUCCUCUCGGAACGAUUCACUACUCUAGUACUACCCGAAUACACCAAACCACGGGCCCGAGUCCAAACUGGCAUCCCGCAGGGCUCGCCGCUAUCCCCGAUACUUUACCUCUUCUAUAAUGCGGACCUUAUAGGAGACAAGCAGUACACAAGCAACUUUGGGUACAUUGACGAUACAACCAUGAUAGCUGUGGGGAACUCGGAGGCAGAGAACUGCCACUCGCUGCAGAAGAGCUUCCGGGAGUGCGAUACCUGGGCCAAAACGCACGCGUCAGUCCUUGCACCAGACAAAUUCGCUCUGGUCCACUUCCGCCACCAGAACCACUACCAGGAGUCACAGAACCACAGCUCCAGUACCACCGAAGGGUCUGCAUCGCCACAGGGCAGCUUAGCAGCCGUCGACAUCGGCAAUGGACGAAUCAUCAAGCCCUCGUCAUUGGCAAAGCUACUGGGCGUCCUACUCGACAGCCGCCUAUCGUCCAAGGACCAUCUACUGCAAAUCGACAAGAAAUGCAGCAAGGGGAUACAGUCAGUCGGGGCGCUCGGCAGGUCCAAAUGGGGCCUCAGCAUCGAGCAGAAGCGACUGAUUUACAACGCCUGUAUCGCCCCCAAAGCCAUGUACGCCUCAUCAGGCACACAUCCCCGCAUCUCUGGCGCGUUCCGCACGGCCUACAACGCCCAGUUAUACCUCCAACCAAUGGCACACCGGCUGCGCGAGAGUCACUUUAAAGCAGUGACCCAUAUCGCCACAUCAAAGGUCCACAAAACCAUCCGGGAUCGACGCAGCCACCACCGUAAGCAGGUAAUGCAGACAGCACUCGAAACAGCAGAGGAGGAGCUGCUGCUUAGAGUCAACUUCGAUGCUACAGAGAUGGAAGUCAGACUCCCAUUCGCAGUUCCGGUGUGGUGGGAACCCCCGCCCGUUGACAUCGCGGCAUCGCUGGACGAGGCAAUGAUGAUACAUUGGCCGGCUACAGUGCUCACCCCUAGAGUACCAAAACUCUACACCGGCGGAUCAGGGCACCAUUGCGAAACCGGGGCAUCAGCAUACUGCGAAGCCCCCAAGGCGAAGCGCACGGCCUACCUCGGCACUAGUCAUCAUCACAAUGUGCACGCGGUGGAGAUGGUAGGACUUGUACUUGCCCUCCGUAUCGCUAACGAGGACUCCCGCUUCCACCAAAACGUGGAGAUCUAUUCGGAUAACCAAUCAGCGCUGGAGUGCAUGCGAAACCCACGCCAAUCGUCAGGCCAAUACAUUAUAAGAGAAGCAGCUGGACUGCUGGACCGGAGGCGGGAACAAAGAUGGCAAACUCGCUUUGCUUGGAUCCCCGCGCAUGCGGACAUCCCGGGCCACGAGCAUGCAGACCAACUCGCCAAACAGGCCACUGGCUGGCGGGAGGACGAGCGGGACUGCUGCGGACCCAAGGCUCCCACCCUCGAAGGCCUGCCGCCCCAGAACCUGCAAUCCACCGCAGACUGCUCCAUGCGCGGUAUGGUGCGCGACUGGCACCGCGAAUGGGCUUCUCCUCAGGACGGAGCCCCCGGGGCAGCCCUCCGUCUAAUCAUGCCAACCCUCUCCAAGCACAGCCUCCAGCCAUUUGGGGAACUCACCGUGCCCGAGAGAUCUGCAUUGAUGCAGGCCCGAACGGGCUACAUCGGCUUCAACGCGGCUCUGUGUCAUUCGCUGCGGGCGAGAGACGACCUGGCCUGCCACCAUUGCGGCGACGACGAAUGGACCUCACACGUCCUCUUCACCUGCCCCGAGUACCAUGAGCUGAGGGGGUAG